GGGCGGGCUGGGGGGGGGAGGGAGAGGCAGGGACUGUGGCUGUGAGUGACACACAAUGAGGCGAGGGGCCGCGGCGGGGCCGUGAGGGGCCGGGACCGAGCGGGGGGAAGCAGCGGGCCCAGCCAUGGACAAUCAGUGCACGGUGCAAGUGAAGCUGGAGCUGGGGCACCGAGCCCAACUCCGUAAAAAGCCCACCACCGAAGGGUUUACUCAUGACUGGAUGGUGUUUGUCCGUGGCCCAGAACAAUGCGACAUCCAGCACUUUGUGGAGAAGGUGGUCUUUCGGCUACAUGAGAGCUUCCCUAAACCCAAACGUGUGUGCAAGGAGCCUCCUUACAAAGUGGAGGAGUCCGGCUACGCUGGUUUCAUUAUGCCCAUUGAAGUACACUUCAAAAAUAAGGAGGAACCGAAGAAAGUUUGCUUCACAUAUGACCUUUUCCUGAAUCUGGAGGGAAACCCACCUGUGAACCAUCUUCGCUGUGAGAAACUGACAUUCAACAACCCCACCAAGGACUUCAGACGCAAACUUAUUAAGGCUGGAGGGGUGAUGGUAAUGCCAGAAGGAGCAGAAACGGUGUCCAGGCCAAGUCCUGACUACCCUAUGUUACCCACAAUACCACUCUCUGCCUUCUCUGAUCCCAAGAAGACCAAACCAUCCCAUGGGUCAAAGGAUGCAAACAAGGACAGUAGUAAAGCAUCCAAACCACACAAAGUAACCAAGGAGCAUAGAGAGAGGCCAAGGAAAGACUCUGAGAGCAAAAACUCCUCCAAAGACCUCGAACGAGAACAAAGCAAGCCUUUGAAAGAUUCCUCCAGAAAACCAGCUGAGAACAAACUGCCUAAGGAUGAGAAAGCACCUCCUAAAGCUGCUUUCAAGGAACCAAAACUAGCCCUGAAGGAGACCAAACUGGAGAACACUUCUCCAAAGGGUGGACCACAGCCGGAGCCAAAAUCUUCCAGCAAGAGGCCCUCCAACGUGGAGUCACCAAAGCCAAGCGCCAAAAAGCAAAAAAAGAGCAGCUCCAAAGGGGUGAAGAACGUCCCAGGAACUUCUCCCCGAACUGCGUCUUCCUCAUAUCCAGAGAAGAAACAAACCAAGGAGAAGAUGAAUGCCAAAGUGGAGAAAGUAAAAUCUGAAAGCGAAGCCAAGGAGAUCAAAAAACCUGUGGAGAUGGAGGAGUCAAAUUCAGAGGAUGAAACUUCUUUUAAAUCAGAGGGGGUGAAGUCUGUCCACUCCAGUCCUUCCAACUCCAGUUCCAGCUCAGACUCCAGUUCUGACUCGGAUUUUGAACCAUCUCAGAACCACAGUCAAGGCCCACUGCGCUCAAUGGUAGAGGAUCUACAGUCGGAGGAAUCAGACGAUGAUGACACCUCUUCUGAGGAAGAGGCAGCAGUGAAAGCUAACCCGGUCAACCGGGAUUCCAGAUUGAGUCUUAGCGACAGUGACAGUGACAACAGUGCGGACUCCUGCCUGCCAAGUCGAGAACCCCCUCCCAGUCAGAAACUUCCCCCAACUAAUAAUAAGGCCUCUGGAAGAAAGAGUCCAGAAUCUUGCAACAAGCCAGAAAAGAUCCUGAAGAAGGGAACAUAUGACAAGGAUUGCUUAAAUGAGCUCAGUUUUGCUGGUACAUGCAUGAAUAACUCUGGGACAGCUUUACAGGCCUACACUGAUGAAUUGGUGGAGCUUCACAGACGGCUAAUGGCGCUGCGUGAGCGCAAUGUACUACAGCAGAUUGUAAAUCUUAUUGAGGAAACUGGGCAUUUCAACGUUACCAACACAACCUUUGACUUUGACCUUUUCUCCUUGGAUGAAACAACCGUCCGUAAGCUGCAGAGUUAUUUGGAAGCAGUGGCAACAUGACGCUUAGCCUUGGAAGCGGGCUGCUUUUGAAACCAGAAAUCCCAUCUCUUGGUACCAGGAAAUAAACCCUUGGAACUAGGCCUUUCUACUCUCUCAAUUCACCCGAAGCACUGCCUUAGAGAACAGCCAUGCUCUGUGAAUGCACAGCCUGCUGCACUUUUUUCAAACAAGCACCCGUAUUGCUGAGUCUGUCCUCCCUCGCUUCGUAAGUACACUUGGGCACAGGUACUGAGUAGAGCAAAAGAUGUGCUGCUCCCAACUACACAAGAGCGUGACCUUGUUUGGUUUUACUUCAAGAAAUUGUCUUUCAGAAUACAUUUUCAGGUGUCUCUGAGAGCUGAAGGAAUUUGGACAAUGCUUUCUUCGCUGGAUCCAGGGACCAACUUUCCCACAGAGAGACUCGACUGAGUCAGAUUUCUCCCAGCUCGGGGAAGAAUUGUUCGUGCUGUGUAAGCAAGAUUGGCUUUUACAAAGCUAGCCAUGUGACUUGCAACAGAGAAUGCUUCCCAAUGGGUCCUGUUGGUCUGUUGCAGAGGAAGUGGAUAGUUGUUGCUUUUGAUCAUUUGCAAGUUCUAGAGCGGUUUGGUACAACAGCUUAUUGUAUGUAAUCUGGUCCCUGAUCCCUGGAAGGCAUUGUUUCAUAUGCAGAGUGCAGGGCCUUAUUCUGUGUUUCAGCUUCUCAGAGAGACAGAGUUUGUGCUCUUUGAAGAGGCUUCCAGAAUCUGCUGUCUCCCACUGGGGUUUUGAGACUUCUUAUUGAUCCAAGCCCCUAAACAAAGUCUCACUUCUUUCAGUCUGCUUUAACUGUAAUAGGACUACAAAACUGUAAGCUGUAUAUUUUAUAUAUAUAUAUAUAUAUAUAUUAUAUAUAUGUAUGUACUGUAUGUAUAAGAAGGGCCUAGUUGGGUCUUAAGAUUUUAAAGGUGUGUUUUUUCUGUUAUGUUUUUUUUAAUGGUAAUGGCAGGGGAGGGGGGUGGUUAAUAAGAUUUGACUUUGUUUGUUUGUUAAAAGGCCUCUUGUGAACAAUUUUUAGUGUAUGAAAGCUGAACAGCGAUCUUCAAAGCGUUUUGUGCUCUGGAAGGGACUCACCUGUCUCACUUUCAUUCUUCAGUGUUUGAAUAACUUUGCCAAAAUAUGUCAUUGGUUCUUGUUCUGUGUUCUCAAGGAUGAAUUUUUCCUAUAGUGGCCCCUAUAGUAGUGGCUAUACUCUGGGAAAACCAAAAUAAGGGAGUAUUUUAAUCCUGGGACACUUCCUAGAAAACGAAAAGAUCUUGGAACAAGUGAAUUCAGGUUUUUCUGUCACCUGUUCGAAAGAUGGCAGGUAAUGGCAAACACUAACCCUAGUUCAACUUCCAGAUGGAGGUGGGGGAAAUACCUGUCAUGUCUUCAGAAAUAGAUUAAACUCUUCUUUCCUAAAGUCACUAUUUUUAAAGAAAUAAUUUUCACUUUUCCAAUCAAGUUCUAAGCUUUUGCCAGUCGUAAAUGGGCUGCUGGCCGAAAAUUGUGGGGAAAGCAACAGUUCAGAAUAACCCUACACAAACAAACAAACCUCUUUAAAAGUUCCACGUGGGAGUUGGAUGAGGUAUAAAAGAUCAUUCUAAAGCUUCUCCCAUGUGCUGAACCAUUUUUCAAUAUGAAAUUGUAGUCCCUUGUUUUGGAUGUUCCCUUUCUUUAUCAUGGAAAUGUUGCAACUAAUAGAUUAAAGUGGCAAUAUAAUGAUAAGCUUGUUUGAGUUGGGUCAUGUUGACCUGAUUCCUGUUAAUUUUGUCUGUUUGUACCAUCUGUCACAUGUCUUUAUAGAAACGUCAAGCUCAUGCCAGGUCUAUCCCCUGUCACACUGACGGUGAUCUGAUCUGUUUUUGUUUUCCUGAUGGACAUUUCCAAGCCUGGAUAGAAACUGUGUACAAGAAUGUGCUAUGGCAAGGUUAAGAGGAUUACCAGGAAAGGAUGAGACUACAGUACUAUCUCAAGCUCUGCAACUGGAUAUGGCUAAGUGAAGGAAGUCGCACCAGAGACUUAGCUUUUUAAUGCUCUGCAGAUCCCUUGUGCUGUUCAGGGCUUACUGAGUACUUUUAAACUAUAAGAGCAGUCAGUGCUUGUUGAGACUAUUUUUGAUGGAGGGAGUGAAUUCUGUCAUGUUGCAACAUGUCCAAGCCCACUCCAGAAGUUUUUGGGUGUAUGGAGAAUGGCUCCGGGUAUUCAAAGCCUCCAAAUAGCCUCGCUCCGGAGAUUCUAGUCAAGGGAUGAGUGAGGCCUUCCCCUCCCAUGUAACAGCAACAGUGUUAACUGAGCUGUUUGUGUGGAAAGUCCCUACGACUUUCACCUCCUCUCUUCUUCGGAGAUCAACUUCCUUCCCUGCUCCCAAAUCCCGUUUCUAAAUCAACUUCACCCCUAGCACCCAUACUUACUGUAUUGGCCUUGGGACAAAGUAGCUUCCAGAUAUAUAGCGCAAAGGACUAGAGAGAGGCACACAGACAGACACUUCCCCAUCAUGUUAAAAACAGAACCUUUAUCAUGAUGCUCCCCAGCUGGGCCAAGGAGCAAGAGUCUUGAGGUUGUCCCUGAACAUAGCUGUGCCAUCUGGUAGUGCCUAGGGCUCCCCCCUGUGGCCACUGCACCGUCUUGUCCCGGACUUUUACUUUACUUGUGAAAUUUAACAAGUAUUACUAUUUCAUGGGGAAUCUUUUUUUUUUUUAUAAAAGGUAUUUUACAUAUGAAUUUUUUAGACUGUUUAUAAUUAUCUGGGAAACCUGAAAUGGAAAUGUUCCCCAACAAUAGUGUUCUCCUUUGUGUGCACCUGCUGGUUUGUUACUAACAGUACUUUGUUUCUCACAAGUACUUUGCUGGUAUUUUACCAAAUCAUUAGUUUUUUUGGGGGGUGGUGGUGGUAGGAUUGGGGACCACAUGAGGAAUGACUCUGCAAAUACGGAAAAAUUGCUUAAAUCAUGGACCUCCCAACCUUUGUGUCCCCUUUUAGUUACAUUUAAGAAAAGUUCCACUUUUAGAUUCUCUAGUAGGCUGACUGGUAUUCUGAACAUGCCAUGUACAAGUAUUUGUGGAUAAAGUGUUUUGUUCUUGUGUCACUCUUGAGAGCAUGGGUGGAUAAUUGUAAAAUAGAAAGGAGAUUUUGAUACUGCUACUGAUAGUACCACUACAAAUCUGUACGACAAUGCAUAGUAACUUGCAUUGUUUAAAAUAAUGCAAUUGUCUGACUGUUUUAGCCAUAAUGAUUUUUCCAAGGAAAAUGGACAAAACUCAAGUUUACUCUAAAUGUCCUUCAGCUUGGUAUUAAGGGCAUGUACAAGUAAUGAUUAACCUGAAGGCUUUAAGAGUAAUUGAUUUGAGUAAUGUGGAUGUGAGAUCAGGGCACAGCUUUUCUUUUGCCCUUGGUCUUUGUAUAAAAGGGCAGAAUAGGGGGUCAAGAACACUGUCCAGUUGUCUUGGUCUGAUCUGUAUUAAGCCUUGAGGCUUUCAUUACUGGCAUUUACUGUAGAAAUGGACAAAAGGUUGUGACCAGAUCACAGAAUGCCAGUUAGGAAGAACAUUGGACACAAUAGUAGUGUAAAACAGGCUUUGAUGUAGUCAGCCUGAAUAUAUGGAAGUGCAAUGAUUUAGCCACAAGUUCUUAUACUGCUCUCCAUGGUGGGAGCAUCAGAACUCGUAAGGAGCUAUGAUGCAACAAUCUAGGACCAGUUCUUGUCAGAGAUCUUUAACUUAUUUUGAUGGUAAAACAUUUAAACUUCCCUUUAUGGAACUUGCCCCAUCAUAUUCCCUGCAUGCAGAGACCUGUGUCAUUAUUGGUUCAGUAAAUUUCAAAUGUAAUGUCCAAUGGCCACUGAUGGCUUUACACGCACUAUAGCACAGUUGAUAUACUCAAAAGAAGCUUCCUUGAUCAUUUCAGGUGCCUGGCACUUGCUAGUUGACAUUCUGAAGUGUCAAAACUAGACACAACCAUUGUGCACCUUGUAAUGAUUCUUACUUUUAAAGAUAAAUUAAAAUCAGAUGGGUAUUGCUUUCAUGAGGCAUGAAAUAGCCAUCAAGAACUAAAGAGAUGAGUUUGCACUCCUAAAAGUGUGUAAGUACUUCAGCUUCUAGAUUUUUAAUUGUAUUCUCCCUAAAACCCAAGGUAUUAAAUACCUUGUCAUUUGAGGAUAUGAAAGGUUGUGCUGGGAAAUGAGUUCUUCACUCAACUAUAAGAAAUUCAUCUGGCCCCCAAGAUUAAAAGAGAGAAGAAUAAUGUUUGUAAUAAGUUACAGGAUUGUUUCUGUCCUGAAUUUUAAACUUUUUGUUAAAUUUGUGGAAUUAUGGAGGAGUUUUAUAGAAAAACGUGAAAUAAAGUAAGAUGGAAAAGUAAAAAUGAAGGGGUAUUUUGUUUCUCUUAACUUCAUUCCUGACUUGGAAAGGAGAUGCUCUACUAGAAAAUGACCUCUACAUUGUAAAUCUCUGCUUCAGAAAAUAUUUUCCCCUAGAGAAAUAAUAUGGAAACAGUGGCCUUAGCUUAAACUUGAAAUAAUCAACUUAAUGUGACCCCUGCAACUCUGCUCUUACAGCAGUAUCAAUAAUACUUGGGACAAAUAUUAACUAUUCUAGAGCCUUGUCAUCUGCUCCAUUAAAUACAGAACAGUAACUACUUGACAAAUGGAAAAGGGCACAAGUGCUAAAUGUUAUCACACUUCUGAGUUAAACUGUUCACCACUCACACGAAACUAAUUUUCAUCAGUGUGGUGUGUAGUGCAUUCUGAUUUGGCCUGUAUUGGCCAUAAGGAACAACUUGCUGUUUAGCAGUAACUGUCAGUGAGCACUCUACUGUCCAGGCAGUUUCUGCUUUUAACGAACGCUUUCUGCUUAUUUUUAUGAGAAAUGCAGGUCUUGUCUGCUCUGGAAGAGGCUGUGGGGCACAGCAACUUGUGAUUAUGAUACUGGGUACCAAGGAAGGGAAAUCUAAGUAAGAGGAAGAGAGUUUAAAAUUCAAGUUUCAGCUUUUCUUUCACAUGGGUGUUAUUUUUGAAUGUUAUCUAACAACCAACGGAUCCCCCCAUCACUGCAAUAAGACUACCUCAGACUUAGGAAUUUAUGCUCAUGGGACCCCUAAAGAGGGAAGAAUUAUCCCAAUUUUAUAUUUGGGAAACUGACUUGUCCAAGGUCAGAGUCUGUCAAAGCUUGUAAUCAAAACAGGCCUCCUGAGUUCCCAAGUCAGCAUCUUAACCUCAGGACUAUAUUUGUGCCAUCUUUGUUAGAGGCUCAAGGUUCCCUACCCCUUCUCACACUUCCCAGUGUCUUUCAGCAAAAGCAAUGAAGUCCAAACUUGAUAUUUAAGGUAGCAAAACAAGCAGGAAAACUCCCCCAGCCUUUGGCUGCCUUUAUACAACACAAAAAUGAGAUGGAAUAAAACCCAAUUGUCUUUCCUUUCCAGGUCACCAAUUAAAGAUCUCACUACACUUUUACCUUGGAAGUUAAAGUAUUUGCAUGGAAUUGAAACUGUAUAUUGGCAGGUAUGGUGGUAGAAUUUUAUGGUGAACAUCCGGAGCUGUUUAGUCUACUGUAAAAUCUCUUGUGAUCAGUCAGACUAGGACUACUAUUUUCUGUGGGGUUAGAAUGUUUUCUAAUGUGUAAGGAUACUGUUUCUGGCUGGAAUUAUGAGUAGUGUUACUAAAAUUCCCUUAACAGGUGUUUUCAAAGGUUUAUAAACCUUAGAAUACACUGCAGGAUUAAGCAAUACACAUCAGUGUUUAUCCCGGCUUCUGCCAUAUGAUACUAACUUUGUCCUCUUUGUUCAUGGGCAGUGAACACACCCCCAUUAGCAAUGCAUAAUAAUAAAAUGAAUAAUUGCAGGAGGCAACCUGCCCAUCAGAUUUAACAGCACUGGUAGCAGGUUGGUUACAGGGUGGCUGGCUCAUGAUCUCGAACAGAAUUCUCCAUGAUGGCAGGACAUUCUGCCUAUGUCUCUAUUCCAGUGAUUCUCAACUUGCAGCCCAAUCAGCACACAGAUAUGUCCCAUGUGACAUCCUCUGGGCCAUACAGGUAGAAUGUAUGCGUGUGGCCCACAGUGGUAAAUAGGUUGGAACCACAGAUCUAAUCCAACACACCCUCUGUCUCCCUGCCUGCAGGUUACAGUCUGCUGGAGACAGUACAAUGCUAAAUUAAGACCCAACUUCCUACAUGGAUUUAAAAACCCUUGACUUAAGGUAACACUACAACUAUUGCAGCUCUCAUUAGGCUGGACAGUACAUGUGGAAAAGUUUCCCCCUCUUCUGUAGAUCCAAGUCCCCUGGGCUUGGAGUGCAUGACUAGGAAGCCUGCUCUAUGAUCUUGGAAGUUGAAUUGUGAGUGCUGUUGUGGAAGUAUUACCAUGUGUACUACCUCAACCCCUUUGACAGAUGUUUAAUUGAAAAAAAUAGUUCAAGUGUACUGAAUUCUCCCUGCUGCCUCAUCAGCAUUGAGCAACCCAAUUUGGGGGCAUCACUGAGAGCUUGGCUCUGAGUUAAAGAGCAUUUUGCACUUUUACAUUUAAAGCAACCCCAGGAGAAUAGCUUUGAAGCAGAGAUUUUUGGUGCCCAUGGCUCCAUGAAGAGAGAGUGGCAUUAGAAUUAUCACCAGGAGAAAGCAGGGUCUGAUAGGGAAAGAGUCCUACUCUCUUCCUAGAUCCAUGUAAAAAGGUAAGUGAAGUGUGAAAGGUAGAUCAAGCACUUCUAGAGUUAAGUGACAUUUUGUGAAUGUGACAGCAUGUAGCACUCUAGGAUAAGACCAUGAGCAUAUGUUUCAGAAGGAUACGUAUCUAUCCAGAACUAAGGCUUAUGUUUCAGAAGAGAAAUCCAGCCUCAAACUGGAAAAGGCUAGGAAGAAACUUUUGGUGUGGGCAGGUUCUCUACCUUCCUCAAGGAGCUGGUGCUGGCCCCUAGACUGAGCUAGAUGGAUCUAUGUAAUGCAAUUAAAUUCCACUCAAAGGAAUUAAUUGCCUUUCCAAAACCAGUCCUGUCAUUGCUCUUUCCUGGAGUUCAUAACUGGCUAUUUUACAUCACUUUCUAAAGUGAGUAUUUCAAGGGAGAAAGGAUAUUUAGAAUAAGGAGUACAGGCUCUUUAGGAUGGUACUUGAAUGUGGAGUUCAUUUGAAACAUGAAUACAUCCUAUUUCACCCUAAGCUUUAGGACAGCUAGUGUAUAUCACCCUUUUGUAGAUAAAGGUAGAAAUUUCUCUUUGAUGCUACUGGAAUUAAACAGCCCACCCCCCCAAGUUCUCUAGAGAGAGUGGAGUGCUGAAUUGCCCUCUUAAUAGGAAAAGGCUCAAGUACUGUUUUGUAUAAGGAGUUUUAGCCUUUUAUACAAGGUGGCUAUUAAAUACCCCCAACUCCCUUUGGGCUGGAACCUGUUUCUAUAGACCACAUCAUAUGUCUACUAGGGCUGUCAAGUGAUUUUAAAGAUUAAUUGCACUGUUAAAUAAGAAUACCAAUUUAAAUUUGGGGGUGUUCUACAUUUUCAAAUAUUGAUUUCAAUUAUACUGAAAAGUGUAUAGUACUCAUUGUGUCAGAUGGGCCUUGUGAAAAAAAAGUAUAUUUGCACUACAGUACUUGCAUUAGGUGAAUUGGAGUCUAUCAUUAGGAAUGUUACUUACAAAUGUAGAAUUAUGUACAAAAAACAAACUGCAUUAAAAAAGAAAACAUGUAAAACUUUAGAACCUACAAGUCCACUCAGACAAUUUGCAGGAGAUAAUGCUACCCACAUCUCAUUUGUCACCUGAAAGCAAGAACAGGUAUUCUCAAUGAUAUUGUAGCCAACAUAAGAUAUUUGUGCCAGAUGCACAGGAGAUUCAUAUGUCCCUUCCUGCUUCAACCACCAUUCCAGAAGAUGUGCAUCCAUGCUGAUAAGUGGUUCUGCUAGAUAAUGAUCCAAGGCAGAGUGGACUACUGAAGGAUCAUCUGAGUCAAAUGCCACAAGCAGAAGAUGGAUUCUCUCUUUCGGUGGUUCAGGUUCUACGGUUUCUGCAUUGGAAUGUUGCUCUAAGAGAUGUGAAAGCAUGCUCUAAACCUCAUCCCUCAGAUUUUGGAAGGCAUUUCAGAUUCUUAAAGCUUGGGUCAGAUGCUGUAUCUAUCCUUAAAUCUCAUAUUGGUACCUUUGCAUUUUGUCAAAUCUGCUGUGAUAGUGUUCUUAAACUAUGUACUGGGUCAUCAUCCAAAGCUGCCAUAACAUGAAAUGACAGAUGCAGGUGAGACAGUUCUCCCACCCAAUGAGGUCAGUCAAAUUUAUUUAUUUUUUUUUUUAAAUAAAUCAGCAUAGAAGCAUGUCCUCUGGAAUGGUGGCCAAAAGGGGCAUAUGAAUGUUUAGCAUAUAUGGCACAAAUACUUUGCAAUGCUGGCUAUAAAAAUGCCAUGCAAAUGCCUGUUCUCACUUUCAGGUGACAUUGUAAAUAAGCAGUCAGCAGUAUUGUCUAUAGAUGUAAAACUUGUUCUGCCAAUUGCUAUGACAAACAAGGAGGAUGACUGAGUGGUCUUAUAGGCUCUGAAGUUAUGUAACAAAAAAAAAAGUUACAAGUACUGUAGUACAGUCUUGAGUGUAUGAAGUGAAUUGAAAUCAUUUACAAUGCAAAUAUUUGUAAUAGAAAUCAAUAUUUGAAAAUUUAAGGAAUUCUCUAAAAGUUUAAUCAUCCUGUUAAUGUUAAUUUGAGUUUAAUCUGUUAACUUGCACUUACCCACAGCUGACCUUUGCCAGGUGACUUGUACAAUUAAACAGUCCCUUAACCAGAGUCCUGGAGUUGUUAAAGCUUGGCUAGAACAUGUGCUCUAAGAGCUUGAGGUCAGAGGAUCCCAGAGUGCAUGCUGCAGCUGGAGCCUGAAAAUCUACACCACAGUUAAACAGCUCCUUAGCUGGAGUCUAAGUUACUUGGCACAGGUGGGCAAAUGUGGUAUUUUAAUUACAGGGCUGAUGGGGCAGUUCAAUGUGUUCUCCAUUAAACAAUACUCUUCUCUAAUGUUUAGAGUUCUCUGCUAUUAGUUAAGUCAGCUAUAGAGCCCAAUUAAUUUGCAUUCUGCAUUGUCCACUGUUUACUUUUAGGCUUCCUCCUUCCUAGAGCAGGGAUUGUUAGCUAUUCAGGAGAAGCACUGGUCCUUGCAUUUAAGUUCUAAAACCUGAUAGUUAAGGGCCUCAUUUUCUCUACCUGAGAAAUUGAAUCCUCUCCCUACUUUAGAGGCAGUGAAGGUUAUUGCAAGUCACUAUGAAGAAAAAAAACUUGGCAGAAUGUCAGCACUAUAACCAACAUGAUGUAUUGUACAGGUGGUGUUCCUAGAGGGGUUGAGUCACCUCACUUGAUUUUAUGAAAGCUUGCUUUUUCUGUACAGCUGUUCUAAAUCUUACUCUCCCAUGAACCAAGAUAGAUGCUCAACUUCCCCUUCACUACUAAUUUGCUGGUCCAAGUUUCAUUUAGUGACAUUUAACUAAAGCCUACUUUGUGGCAAGUUACUGAAAUGCUAUUUCAAAGACAAAUGAGAUUCAGAUGUUUAUUAACCAUUCAUUAACAAAGUUGACAUUUCACACACUUGUCCCAUAAAUAGAUACAGAAGACCAGUCAGUGGUAAUAGUGCAUAGCACUUUAUCAAAUUACAAGCUUAUGUACACAUGUGGAAUCUUCAUUAUAAUUUGUUACAUAUAGCUCCUCAAUUCUUGUAUAAGUGCUUUAAAUUCCUUCCCUUGCCAUCUUACAGAUGGCAGUUUAACACAACAACAAAUCCUGAUGUGGCUCAAAUUAUGGCAAAGUUACAUUUGAUAUACAAAUCAGAAUAGCCAUUUAAUCCUUGUGUCCUGAAGUAUUACUCAGCCUUUUGAGAUGCCUUAUUUACUCAUUACACAUUCCACUCCAGGCACUUGACAAAGAUAAUGAACUGAAGACUACAUCAGUAAGAGUUGAGUCUUAAAGUAGCUAGAAUGAUUGCACUUGUUCAAUCCUUCACAAUCUCAUACAUGGUUCAUACAGUGUUCAUGAUCACAGAUGAAUACAAGUUUCUCCAAAAAAAAAAAAAGUUAGAUCUUUCAAACAUUUAAGGUCCCUGAACUUAGCUGGAGUUAGGCUAUCAUACAAUGAUACAGAUUUCUGCAUGACUACUGUAUCAUAACUGGUUAACAGGAGGAGGUAAGCAGAGCUAAUUUACUCCUCCAGGCAUAGAGCAGAAAGGUAACUGAUAUGCCUGUUCACAUCAGGCAGAGUGCCCCUGAGCAAAAACAGGUUGUGCAAUAGAGUUUACUGUAAGCAUCCAUGAAUUCAUCAUGAGUUGCCUGCUUCUGUAGAGGGGCCUACAGUGCAAGACUGCGUGAUGUUCUAGAAAUGCAGCACACAUCUAGUUCCCUGCACACACCCCCACCAGAAGUUGAACUUCCCCCUAAUUAGCCCUUUUACCAGAAAAGGCAAUACAAGUCAUUGGAGCAUUUCUAGUUUAACACAUGCAUUAUUUCCUCCUUUCAAGAGAUAAUUAGCCUUUAAAAAACGGUUCUGUCCAUUACUGUCCUGAAAGUAUACUUGCAAAAAGUCAUUAAGACUUCUCACCCACCCCAAGUGUACUAUACGAUUAAAAACCUAGAAGUUCUACCAGUGAGAAGUUUAAGACGUUCUAGGAAGUCUAAAAGCCAGUAUUAGACAAACCAAGUAAACCUGUAUUUUUCAUCUGUACCUUAUAGAAAUCCUUUAUAUGCUUGAUGUAUACAAUUUACUUACAAAAGUCAUUGCUAUUAAAAAAAGUACCCCAGCCCUCAAGUGUAACUACAAAGAAACCAAGAUUCCUGCUUGUUUUACAUUCACUUUCAG